AUGCAACAAGUCCAGCAGCAGGGCGCCUAUCCUCGCGGCGGCGCGCAGCCGAUGCAGCCUCCACAAUUCAACUCGCCGUUCUCGCAGCAUCGACCUGGCCCGCCGCCGCAGCAACAGCAUCAACCAAUGGGCGUGAGGGAGCAGGCGAUGAGGGAUACGGAGGCGGUGAUGCAGCACGAAGAGCGGAGACGUCAGCAGGAGCAGCAGGCGCAGGGAGAGCAGUUUCGGAGGAGACAGCAGGAAGAACAGCAGCAGCAGCAGCAGCAGGGAUUGUAUAGACGGGGUACGCCGGGUUAUGGGUAUGGACAGCCUCCUCCGCCGCCACCGCCGCCUUCGAAUAGGAGGUAGCAUCUUCUCGCUUGCGCGAGUGAGCGGAGGGAUUCGGUGCACCCUGGGAAUACUUGAUGUGGGCUGAGCUUGAAGAGGAGAUUGGCGGGAAGUUGGAGGUUGGCGUGGUUGAUACCCUGAGCGAACUUUUGUAAGCAUUGGCAGACUUCACCGAUGAAUAAAUACUUUUAC